AUGACAAACAUUAAGGAUGAUAAAAAAGGUAAAAGUGAGAUUCUGAUUUCACACAUAGAUCCUGCCGCGGAUGAUAACCAAGAUCUUACCUUAGAAGAUGUUACACCAAAACUAACAAAAUGGUGGUUCCAAUAUCCUCAUUUAUUAAAGUUGAACAUUUAUUUAGGAUGUGCCAUAUUUGGUAUGAUUACUGUAGGUUAUGAUGGAAGUAUGAUGAGUAACUUACAAACUCUUCCAAGUUGGCAGGGCUACUUUAAUCAUCCUACUGGAGGUAUAUUAGGUACUUUAAGCAAUGGUACUACUAUCGGUAGUUUGUGUGUUACUCCCUUUAUUGUUGUUAUUGGUGAUCGCAUAGGUAGAAGACACAUGCUUAUGUUUGGGACUAUUUUGACAAUUAUUGGGGCUGGUAUUCAGGCAGGAGCUGUAAACUUUGGGAUGUUCCUCGCCUCUCGUAUUAUUAUAGGUUUUGGUUCCGGUGCUACAGGGAUUGCCUCUGCUCCUAUUUUAGCAGAGUGUGCAUUCCCAUCCCAAAGGCCAGCAAUGACAAGUAUGUUACAAGCAAGCUUUCCAACAGGGGCAUUUUUAGCAGCUCUUUUUACUUGGGGGCCCUAUAUGUCAGAUAUGAAGUAUGAUAAUUGGUCCUGGAGAUUGCCUUCAUUAUUACAGGCUGUAUUUCCUGCAAUUCAAUUAGUAUUAACAUUUUUUUGUCCCGAGUCACCUAGAUGGCUCAUAGCACACGGAAAGGAGGAUCAAGCCUUCGAAGUAUUAACCAAGUACCAUGCUGGUGGCGACAAAGAUAGUAGAUUGGUUAAGUUUGAAAUGGCAGAAAUAAAAACUGCAAUUUCCAAGGAACAACAUGGAAGGAAGUAUUCAUGGGCAUUAUGGUUUUCAUCAAAAGCAUACUUGCACAGAUUGUUUCUUACUUUUGCCAUGGCAACAAUAUUACAAAUGUGCGGCUCGUCACUUCUUUCAUACUAUUUCUCUAUCGUUCUUGAGGAUAUUGGGUACACAGAACCGGUUGAUAAGUUGAAAAUUAAUAUUGGUUUGACGGUUUAUGGUGGUGUAUGGGGAUUUGCUUUUGCAACAUAUUCAGGAAAAAUGAAACGUAGGCUUUUGUUAAUGAGUGGUCUUUUUUUAAUGUGCAUAACCUUCAUUGUUUGGAUUAUAUUAGCAUCCAUAAAUGAGAGAACCAACUUUGAAAAUAAGUCUUUAGGGAGAGGAAUUGUUGCAGUGAUUUACUUAUUUUAUGGAUUCUACCAUCAGAUAUCACCAAUAGGUAAUACGUACUGUAUGGAAGUUGUACCUUAUACUUUGAGAAGUAAAGCAGCGUUAUUGUACAGUUUAACAAGUCAGGGAUGGGUUUUAUUUAAUAAUUAUGUUAACAACAUUGCUAUGGAUGCCAUAUCAUGGAGAUAUUAUAUUGUUUUCUGUGUUUGGAUUUUUAUACAAGGAGUCGUGGUUUAUUUCUUUUUCCCAGAAACACAGGGAUUGGGCUUAGAAGAAGUGGCGCAAAUAUUUGGGGAAGAUAUUACGGAUAUUAAGAUGGCAGGUGAUAACGCUGUUUUGAAUAAUGAAAUAAGCCACCACUUAAAUAAAGUUUCUUCACAAGUAUCAAGUACUGAAAAGAAAAUUAUUCUUGUUUAG